AUGACUGUUCCCGAGCCCCCCAAGUUUCCCUUCCUUCGAGCAUCAGGCCUCGAGCCACCGGCCGAGUUCGCUCGCCUUCGGGCGACCGAUCCGCUGUCCCAAGUUCGACUUUUCGACGGGAGCCUGGCGUGGCUUGCAACAAAGUACGAAGAUGUCUGCUUUGUGGCCACCGAUGACCGCCUGUCCAAGGUCCGAGCACGACCGGGGUUCCCCGAGCUCAGUGCAGGCGGCAAGGAAGCUGCCAAGGCGAAAGCAACUUUUGUCGACAUGGACGCUCCAGACCAUAUGCACCAGAGGGGCAUGGUUGAGAAAUUCUUCGACACAACUUAUGUCAACAACCUGCGACCAUAUAUCCAGAAGACAGUAGAUGACCUUCUGGACGCCAUCGUGGCCAAGGGAUGCCACAGUGGCCCUAUCGAUCUGAUCAAGGAAUUUGCACUUCCUGUUCCGUCAUAUGUCAUCUACCACAUCCUUGGAGUCCCGCCUCACGACCUGGAGAAGUUGACACACAAGAACGCCAUCCGCUCAAACGGAAGCGCCACAGCCCGAGAGGCAUCGGCGGCUAGCCAAGAGCUGCUAGACUACCUCAGUGCUUUGGUCGAUGAUCGCGCCAGAGAACCGAAGAAUGACCUCAUCAGCAGCCUUGUCACGGAGCAAGUGAAGCCCGGCCACAUUGAGAAGUCCGACGCUGUUCAAAUUGCGUUCCUGCUCCUCGUUGCGGGAAAUGCUACCAUGGUGAACAUGAUCGCUCUUGGCGUUGUCACGCUGUUCCAAAAUCCAUCGCAGCUUGAGCAGCUGAAGAAGGACCCAUCGCUUGCUUCUACUUUCGUCAAGGAGCUCACUCGAUUUCACACGGGGUCCGCUCUGGCCAUGAAGCGCACUGCUAAAGUCGACGUGCAACUGCGUGGAAAGCUCAUCAAAGCCGGCGAGGGCAUCAUCGCGUCCAACCAGUCCGCCAAUCGAGAUGAGGAUGUCUUUGCGAACCCUGACACCUUUGACAUGAACCGAAAGUGGCCUGCCGAUAAGGAUCCGCUCGGCUACGGCUUUGGCGACCAUCGCUGCAUUGCCGAGCUGCUGGCGAAUACAGAACUCACGACGGUCUUUGCUACUCUAUUCCAGAAGUUGCCAGGCCUGACACUUACUCAGCGCCCCGAAGACGUGCAGUGCACACCUCUGCACAAGGAUGUCGGCAUUGUCGAGCUCCCUGUGACGUUCUAA